AAAUCCAUCAUAAUAAGGUGCAAGAAAAUAUACUCACCCAGUAGAGAAAAUUCAAGAUGAAAUCCUUUGUUUACAACAUUUUCUUUGUGUUCUUUUUUAAUCUCUUAACCAAAAUCCAAGUUUCAUUAGCAGAUUGUGACAACCUACAAGACACAUGUCCAUCAAUUUCACCAAAUAAACAAACCAUAUUCAUCAAUGGUCUACCUUGCAAAAAUCCAGCUAAUGUAACAGCUCAAGAUUUCAAAACCAAUGAAUUAAGUAACGCUAGUUCUAUGGACAUUUUUGGCGCAUCCGUAAAACUUGUCACUGCUGCUGAGUUUCCAGGGCUGAACACUCUUGGUCUCUCGAUUGGAAGAAUCGAUAUCGAUAAUGAUGGCUUAGUAAACUUCCAUUAUCAUCCUCGAGCUACUGAAAUGAUCUUUGUUAAAAAAGGUGUAUUACUAGUUGGGUUUAUUGAUACACAAAAUCAAGUUUUCCAAAAUGUUCUCAAAGUUGGUGACGUUUGUGUUUUUCCUAAAGGUUUGUUCCAUUACAUUCUCAAUCAAGGUUUUGAAGAAGCUAUUGUCUACUCAGUGUACAAUAGUCAAAAUCCUGGACAAGUAUCUAUCAUUCCUACAACUUUUGACACAACAUUGGAAUCUGUAGAAAAGCUGAAAAAGAAAAUUAUCUCACUUUCUGCUUCUCAAGUUCAUGGUGAUGUUAUCAGUUCAACCUCUUAGCCAUUCAUAAUAUUGCUGCCUUUUGACUUCUUAAGUAUUGGUUCUCUAAUUCAAGUCAAUUCUUACAGUGAAUAAACGAAUAUAGUUUUGAUUUUGUUUGGUUAUUGAGAUGGUCCAAGUUACAUUCUGUAUUAUUUAUUAAGCUAACUAGAAAAGGAAAAAAAAAACAAUGUCAAUGUUUAUACAACAAUGCUUGGGAAUAAUGUUAUUUCUUAAUAUGCUUGGAGUUUAUAUUAUGAUUGCACUAACGCUGAUUAAAUUUGCAAAAGACAAAUUAGUUCAUUUGUGAAUAAAUUCUUUUGUUAUA